AUGGCAAUUUCUGUACAGGUCGCAGUCUCAAUCACUGGUGUGGUAUUGACCUUCUCCAUUAUGCUUAUGACCGCCUGGGAAGCUUAUCAUCGUUGGGUUAUACGACGUACGAUUCUUGACGAGGAGAGCGACGAGCUGGGAAAUGUUCAACCUAAUCAUUCUCGUAACAAGAGCGGACCCUGA